UGAGAGAUUAUGUCCCGACCGCCACUGAGGUGUCACGCCUGAGGUUGAGAACCUCUAGAGAAGCUCAUACGUCAUCAAACAGCGACGUGACAGUUUACUUGGGACAGCAAACGUGAAACGUUGGGUUUUGUGCAGACAGAAGAAAAGUUUAUCCCCCUUUGGGACGCGGCGCUCUUAUCGCCCUUCUACGGCUCAGUUCUCCUCCUUAUGAAUCCAGUAAUUAGACGGAGCCUUCCUCCGUCAGUGAGGAGCCUCCUGACGGACAUCUCUCCAAAGGAGGAGGAGGUAUGGACCGACCUGGAGCCCGAGCCCGAGACAGAGGCUGUGGCCAGGGAUGGGAUCGUGCUUCCGUCCAGAGGAGCUGGAAAAGGAGAGUUUCUUUCUCCAGCCAAGAACCAAAACGAAAAGAUUUCAGAGGACGAGUCUAACGCCAGGAUAAGCAGGGCAGUGUGCAUGCUGUGUGAAGGGAACCCUUCUAACUACACCUGUCCACGUUGUAACCUCCAGUACUGCGGCUUGUCCUGCUACCAGAGCCCGGACCACUCCGCCUGUUCCGAGGAGUUUUACAAGGAGUCUGUCCUGCAGGAGCUGAAGGACAUGGGGAAAACAGAAGCAGAGGGUAAGAGGAAGAUGCAGGAGAUUCUGCUGGGACUGAGGCAGAAAGCAGACACGACGCAUGGAGGGAUGGAGAGUUUAUUAAAAGAAGCAGACAUGGUGGGAGACGAGGAGGAAGAAGCGGUGGAGAAGGUGCAGGCUAUGGAGCUCCUAUCCAGGUUGGCAGAGCUUCAGCAGUCUGGAGGGGAGAACACACCAGAGAUGGAGGCCAUUCUGAGAAAACUUGAGGAGAUUGGAGGAGCAGAGGUGACUGCUGACGGUAUAGAGGGGGAGCUGGACUUGGCCGAGCGACUGUCGGGGCUGGACAUCGAUAAGCUCUCAGAGGACGAGCUGUGGGAACUUCUCAGCAAGGAGGAGCAGGAGAAGUUUGUGGGUCUUCUGAAGCGGGGAGACCUCAGCGGGGUGGUCCCUCUGUGGAAGCCCUGGUGGGAGGAGCACGAGGAGAACGGCAGUUCUCUCAUCCAGGUGCUGCAGGAAGACGUGAACGAGCCGGAGAAGGGUCACAAUGAUGAAGUCAAGACAUCGCAAGAAGAUGACGAGAAAACCAUUAAAGGAGGAAAAAGUAAAGGAAGCUCAAUUAGCGUAAAAGUUCCCUCAAUCUCUGCAAAUAUCCCAAAGCUGAGCUCCUUAUGUGCAAAUCCGUCUCCUCUGGUUUGCUACAGCGUAGUAAAUGCCCUUUACGGCUAUGCCUUUUCCCUGUCACUGUUUAACGGUGAUACAGAUUCACUGCUAUUGGAGUUCUGUGACAUGACUCUCUCUCUGUCUGAGGCUCUGAGCUCGGGGAAGGUGUUCAACUCUGUCCAGGAGGCCUUGGACUGCGGAGAGGCUCUCAUCCUGCGUGGCGGCUACCUCGACAGGGAGGAUCCUCUGGCUCCGGCCAGAGCAGCGGAGGCCGUGGCUCACAUCAUGACGGGCAGAGACAGACGAGACGCCUCAGGUUACUCCCUGGCAGCCUUGAGCCAGCUGCGCAGAAUGCUCUCUAAAGCCAGGGGGAAGCUUUCCACGGAGGGAGAGGAAGGGACGAGGAGGCAGAAGUACUUCCAGGCAAAUAAGAAGUGUGAAUUCUUUCAAGCCUGGGUGAAGGACAACGUCCAGCAGGUUCGCAGACUUGCUGUCGAGCUGUGGAGUGAACACGGUAAAAGAGAGAGCGUGAGAAGCGGCAUGGAGAAGGCAAAGACUGUAGUUGAGGAGAAUUUGAAGAAAGAAAAGAGGAAAAGAAUUAAGCUCAUCGAGGAGCUGAGCUAAACAUAUAUGUAUGUGUAUGCGUUUGUCCAAAGAAGUUAUGGUUACAUAAAACGUGAAAAUUGUAA